UUGUGUUGAAGACCGACUUGCAGGCUGCUACAAGGCUUUUGAUUUACGAUCAAGCAGGGGCAGAGCAAAACCUCUUGAGAAUAAGAUAACAAUCACCAUGCCCCCCACCCCAGCGCUGCUGCAAGAACAGACAGGAAACAAGCGAAGGGAAGAACAUCUCGACUGUUCACAGAGAUGAGCCACAUGACUCUCAAAGGGAUAAACAUUUCAACUGGGAAAGACAACUGGAAACAACUGAAAACCUUACUUAAAUGAGGAUUAUUGGAUGUGCAGGACACCUUUCACGUACAUAAAGAAGGACAUUGGAUACUGAUUAAGGUAUUUUGUGGAGUUACAAUAUACUUUCAUUACAAAACCACACAAACUGAGCCUUCUUCAGUAUUUCAGGACUGUUUUUCUGCACAAAUGAAACAUACAUUUUUGCUACCUGGUUUAAAAAUGAAUGACAGCAGCACACUAGAGUAUAACGUCACUCAAAAUGACAAGAAUUGCAUCAAGAGUGACGACUUCAAGUACCCUUUGUAUAGCUGUGUUUUCAGCCUGGUGUUUUUAUUUGGACUUGUCUUCAACAUGGUGGCUCUAUACAUUUUUGGCUGUACACUGAAGCUGCGAAAUGAGACAACGACCUACAUGAUAAACCUUAUAGUUUCAGACUCUUUCUUUGUCAUGACCCUGCCUUUUCGGAUCGUUUACUUUAUUAAACGUGAAUGGGUAUUUGGUAGCGUGCUCUGUAAGAUCUCUGUGGCCCUGUUCUACACCAACAUGUACAGCAGCAUACUCUUCCUCACCUGCAUCAGCGUUGACCGUUUCCUGGCCAUUGUGUACCCAUUCCGGUCCCAAAGAAUUCGUACCAGAAGGAAUGCCAAACUGGCCUGCUGUAUAGUGUGGGUGAUGGUUCUUUCUGGAAGUAUACCCACUGGGUUCCUUUUGGACACCACCUCACCCAUCAAUGCAAAAUCCUCAAACUUCUGCUUUGAAAACUACUCCAACAAACAGUGGCAGGCUGAGCUGUCCAAGGUGGUGGUGUUUAUCGAGACUGUGGGCUUCAUCAUCCCAUUGAUGCUCAAUGUCUUCUGCUCCAUCAUGGUGCUACGGACACUGAGGAAACCCCGAAACUUCAGCCAUGGAGGGAACCUAAACAAGUCAAAAAUCCUAAGGAUGAUCACAGUGCAUCUGCUCAUCUUCUGCUUCUGUUUCAUCCCCUACAAUGUUAAUCUCAUCUUUUAUGCCCUGGUCCGCUCCAACAUCAUAGAAGGGUGCAAAGCAGAAUAUGUGGUCAGGACCAUCUACCCAAUUAGUCUGUGCAUAGCAGUGACCAACUGUUGUUUUGAUCCAGUCAUAUACUAUUUCACUUCAGAGACCAUUAAGAGUUCCAUGAAACGCAAGUCCACAGUAUGGCACUAUGGUGCCAAGCUUUUCGACAGACUACAGAUGGACAGCCCACAAAGCAGUCCAAAUACAACACACAAAAGCCUGUCUCCGUGGAGUCAGAAAUCCAAAGUGUUUGACAAUGAGUCUACAAUCUAAUGUAAAUUCUAUCAUGGGACACGAUUAAAAAUUCAAUGAUUGUUGGUGAAACUUGAUUUGAAUGUGAGGAUGUAUGUGGAGGUGGAGUUGCCUUGAAGAUCAUAAUAACAAACAAUGGUUACUAAGGAGUCACUCUUUCCUCUACUGGACAAAAAAGAGUAGGACACCCAAGUCAGUCAAUGAAAGAGUGGAACAAGUCCAAUCGGAAACAUUUGAAAGUGUGUUACAGCAUUGACCCUUUAGGCUGCCAAUUCACAACACACAUUAUUAGAAAACAUUUCUUUCUUAGUAGUUAUGAGUUUAUAAUGUGUACUAUUUGA